CUCGCGGCCCUCGAUAUAUAUCAGAUUUAUACUGGACCCCGACACCUGUGAUAUGGCGAGUGGGUGUUGGAUUAGCUGAGGUUUACAGUUUUGCCGGUGGCUGACAUAUUUCUCAUCCCAUCUCUUUCACAAACACUCCAAUCCGUUAACAAAUCAAACGAAACACAGUGAGUGCGUUCACGACACGUAGACUUUCGUCAUUCUGCACAGAAUCGGAGCAAGUAGCCAAUGAAUUUUCAGAACCUUUGCAGAAUCUGCGCAGAUUUAGCAAACUCUGCCUCUGGUGAACGCACCCAAGGACUCGCAGCAUCUUUGAAAUACAAAGCACAUUGAGCAAGCGCAGAGUACAAAGCAGUGGGAAGAAACUGGCGCCAUUUCGAUUGCAAACUGGACAUUGCGUAGGAAACUCAACGUACUGGAGCCGACAUGGCAGACUCUGUCAUCCAGUUACAUUACAUGCUCCUCCAAUCGCGAUCCCGCCUCGCUUCGCCAUAGAAGCCAGCCAUGCAGUCUCGCACGAUUUUUGGAGUGUUUCUGCAGCCAAUAGAACGCGACGAUUCCAACCAGGCACGCCCACUGCUAGUGACGUCAUCAUUUCGUUGCGGGAAAUUGAAACGUUGCUUUGUUUAUGCUGGCGGGGUGAGGAGGAGGCGCACGUGAGAAUUGCAUUUUAUCACCUGGGCUGUUUUAAAUUAUUAGGUUGGGUUAAAAUAGUUCCUAAUGAUUUAUAUAGUUGUGUUCCUUUAUUACCUGCAUUGAGUUCUGAAACAAAGAGUCAAUUUUCUUUUUUUUUCUUUUUUUAUUUAAGAACUCAGACAUAGUGGAGCGCGAAAGUUACUCCUUGGAAAAGUUAAACGAGUCAGUUGUUUUUCUUUAUCACACCUGAAGUGCUGAUUUUAUAUCUGUUAAUGAUAGUGAAUAAAUAUUUAAUUAAAGUCAAAGAGGAUCCCGCUACUCGAGUCUCAAGCUAACAGUCAGUGAAGAUGGACGUCAGCGUCUCCGUGUCGUUCUUUCAAGACGAGCUCGCCUCUACCAUCGAGCACGCAGUGAAAGCGGCUGUAGACACCGUCUUGUGCCAAAUCACAAAAGUUGUCGGCGGCAAAUUCACUGAAUUCCGAAUGGAAAUGGCUGGAAAGGAGAAAGAGAAUGAAAGUCUGAAGCUGAGAUUGGAAAUAUCAGAGAGCGAGUUGAAAGCAGUGCGGGAAUGCAUGAACGCUGCAGAUGCAGACAUUAAACAACCUCUCAGAAACAUGAACCCCGACUGCAAUGAACAAGACUUUCAGAGGAACGAGAACCAGGGAUUAUUUCAAGAUCCCAAAGAGAGCCGUGCUAUAUCUAAAGCACAGGAGGGUCCAAGGAUAGAAGCAGUUUACACACUAGAGGCGUCCUUUGAUCAGGAGUGGUGUGCAAGUCUAAAGCAGGUUACAGAGCUGACAUGUGUUAAAGAUGAAGAGGUCCCUCGACUGGAAUGUGUUCCUAUUAAAGAGGAAUUCAUAGAACAGGAAUGUGUCCCCAUCGCAGAGGACGUUCCUGCUGAAAAUAAUGUCUGUACACUUGAGGAGAACAACAAGCUGGGAUCCAGCCUGUGUGAUGAUUGUCCACCUGAAUGUGAACUGGGAUUUAGAGCUAAAGGAAAUCUCAAAGGAGAGAAAUCUCAUCGCUGCACAGUGUGUAGGAAGAUAUUCAGUCGUUUAUCACACCUUAAAAAACACCAGCACAGUCACAGAGGAGAGAAACCUCAUCAGUGUUCUGAGUGUGGGAAGAGUUUCAGUCGUUUAUCACACCUUAAAAAACACCAGCACAGUCACAGAGGAGAGAAACCUCAUCAGUGUUCUGAGUGUGGGAAGAGUUUCACAAAGUUAGGAAAUCUUCAGUCACACCAGCGCAUUCACACAGGAGAGAAACCUUAUCAGUGUACUGAGUGUGGGAGGAGAUUCACGCAGUUACAAAAUCUUAAAAGACACCAGCGCAUUCACACAGGAGAGAAACCUCAUCACUGCACUGAGUGUGGGAAGAGAUUCACAAAUUUAGGAAAUCUUCAGUCACACCAGCGCAUUCACACAGGAGAGAAACCUUAUCACUGUACUGAGUGUGGGAAGAGCUUCAGACGGAUAGAUAGCUUGAAAGAGCACCAGCGAACUCGCAGUCACUUAUCACACCUUAAGACACCAUAAAAUGGUUUUGAAGGAUACAAGAGAAUCCACAGAAUUUCAGCCACUUGAGGACACCUAAACACCAGGAGUAAAUGUGAAUAAAAUACAGAAAUAUUUACUGCAAACAAAAGAAUAAACUUACUUGAUAAAUAGGUUUAUUCCGAAUCACUUCAGAUCAAAAACCUACACUCACGGAUGGGACAUGAGAACUACAACGUCUUGGACGGACCAUUCAUCAUGUUGUUGACCAUUCUGAUUUUGUUACGUCAGAUUAGUAAUCUAUGAAAUAGAUUGUAAUUGCAUCUGCUUUGUAAAUUGCAUUUUACAAAGAAGAAUGGGCAAAAAUUGCAGUGUCCUGAUGUGCAAAGCAGGUAGAGACUUAUCCAAAUAGACUCAUGGCUGUAAUUGCUGCCAAAGGUGCCUCUACUAAAUAUUGACUCAAGGGGGUGAAUACUUAUGCAAUCAAUUAUUUUCUGUUUUAUAUUUGUAAUUAAUUUAGAACAAUUUGUAGAUUUUAUUUUUCUCUUUGACAUUAUGGACUUUUUUGUGUUGAUCAGUGGCAAAAACUCCUAAUUAAAUCCAUUUUGAUUCCAUGUUGUAACACAAUAAAAUGUGUAAAAGUCCAA